GCGGAAAUUCUCUGGCGGUCCAAUAUGGCUUUCCCUCAACAACAAGGUUGCGCUUAGCGCUCUAGGGACCAAGUAAUGCCUGCGGUUGAUGCGGGCACAGUAUGGAUCAGACUUGUGAACUAUCUAGAAGAAAUUGCCUGCUGUCCUUUUCUAAGCCAGUGGACCUAGAUGCCCCCGAAGACAAGGACGGCCCAUUCGGUAAUGGUCAAUCCAAUGUCUCUGAGCCACUUAAUGGGUGUACUAUGCAGUUCCCGACUGCCAGUGGAACAUCCCAAAAUGCUUAUGGACAAGAUUCUCCGUCUUGUUACAUUCCACUGCGGAGACUACAGGAUCUGGCCUCCAUGAUCAAUGUAGAGUAUUUAAGUGGGUCUGCUGAUGGAUCAGAGUCCUUUCAAGACCCUGCAAAAAGUGAUUCAAGAGCUCAGUCGCCAAAUGUUUGCACUUCCUUGAGUCCUGGUGGUCCAGCAGCACUUGCUCUGAAACAGGAGUCCUCUUGUAAUAACUCCCCCGAACUCCAGUUAAGAGUGACAGAGACGACCAAGAAUGGCUUUCUGCACUUUGAGAAUUUUACUUGUGUGGACGAUGCAGAUGUAGAUUCUGAGAUGGACCCAGAACAGCCAGUCACAGAGGAUGAGAGUAUAGAGGAGAUCUUUGAGGAAACUCAGACCAAUGCCACCUGCAGUGAUGAGCCUAAAUCAGAAAACGGUGUAGGAGUGGCCAUGGGAAGUGAACAAGACCGCACAGCAGAGAGUAGACACAGUGCGGUCAGACGGCCAUUCUUGCCAUUAGCGCCUCACACCGAAAAACAGGAGAGUAAACCAAGAAGUGAAGUGGACCGAAGCAAUGAAAAGACAGCCCUCCUCCCAGCCCCCGUUUCACUAGGAGACACAAACAUUACCAUAGAGGAGCAAUUUAACUCAAUAAAUUUAUCUUUUCAGGAUGAUCCAGACUCCAGCAGCAGUACAUUAGGAAACAUGCUAGAAUUGCCUGGAGCUUCAUCAUCAUCUGCUUCACAGGAAUUGCCAUUUUGUCAACCGAAGAGAAAGUCCACACCACUGAAGUAUGAAGUUGGAGAUCUCAUUUGGGCAAAAUUCAAGAGACGCCCAUGGUGGCCCUGCAGGAUUUGUUCUGAUCCAUUGAUUAAUACGCACUCAAAAAUGAAAGUUGCCAAUAGAAGGCCCUAUCGAGAAUACUACGUGGAGGCUUUUGGAGACCCUUCUGAAAAAGCCUGGGUGGCUGGAAAAGCAAUCGUCAUGUUUGAAGGCAGGCAUCAAUUUGAAGAACUACCUGUCCUUAGGAAAAGAGGGAAACAGAAAGAAAAAGGAUAUAGACAUAAGGUUCCUCAGAAAAUUUUGAGUAAAUGGGAAGCCAGUGUUGGUCUUGCUGAGCAAUAUGAUGUUCCCAAAGGAUCUAAGAACCAAAAAUGUGUCCCUAGUUCAAUCAAGUUGGACAGCGAGGAGGAGAUGCCAUUUGAGGACUGUACAAAUGACCCUGAAUCAGAGCACGACCUGCUGCUUAAUGGCUGCUUGAAGUCUCUGACUUUUGAUUCUGAGCAUUCUGCAGAUGAAAAGGAGAAGCCCUGUACCAAGUCUCGAGUUAGAAAAAGCUCUGAUAAUAUAAAAAGGACUAGUGUGAAAAAGGGCCUUAUGCCAUUUGAAGCACACAAAGAGGAGCAGAGGGGGAAAGUUCCAGAGAACCUUGGCUUAGACUUUCUCUCUGGGGGUGUAUCAGAUAAACAGGCUUCUAAUGAACUUUCCAGGAUAGCGAACAGCCUAACGGGGUCUAGCACUGCACCAGGAGGUCUCCUGUUUUCUUCAUGUGGACAGAACACUGCUAAAACAGAUUUUGAGACUUCAAAUUGUGAUUCUUUAUCAGGUUUAUCUGAGAGUGCUUUACUCUCCAAACAUUCUGGAGAAAGAAAGAAACUCCAAUCAGGCCCAGUGUGCAGCUCAAAAGUACAGCUUUGCUAUGUGGGAGCUGGUGACUCGGAAAAGCCAAGUGACUCUGUUAGUGUGUGUGCCCCUUCUGAUGGUGGGAGCAGUGGUGUGGAGCACACCUCAGAGUGUGCUAACACUGUCGGUGAAGUCACAGAUGUUUCCGAUAGAGCAGAGGACGGUGUGUCCAUGCACGGAAAGGAAACAAAGUAUUCUAGGUACCCCGCCACAAACAGGGUAAAAGAGAAACAGAAAUCUGUCAUUCCUAAUUCACACACAGACCGCCUACUGCAUUCUACCAAGAGAGCUGAGCCGGAAACUGCUGAGGCGCCUCAGGCCAACCUUUCUGAUCUUAAACUCUGUAGUGCUGCUCCCAGGUCCCAGCCAGGAUUUAGGAAUGAUGGCCUCACUACAAAGUUCAGCGCACCACCAGGCAUUUGUGGUGAGAGCUCACUGAAAGGUGGGGCUGCAAACCAGACUCUGUUCCCUUUGAAAGACAGACAGCCUAAGGCCCGCAGCAUAAAAUGCAAGCAUAAAGAAAACCCAGCUGCUGAAGAAUCAGCUACAAAUGAGGACCUCACCUUGAAAUGCUGUUCUUCUGAUACCAAUGGCUCUCCUUUGGCCAGCGUGUCCAAAAGUGGUAAAGCAGAGGGGCUAAAACUACUGAGCAAUAUGCACGAGAAAACCAGAGAUUCGAGCGAUAUAGAGACAGCGGUGGUGAAGCAUGUUCUGUCAGAAUUGAAGGAGCUCUCUUACAGAUCAUUAAGCGAGGAUGUCAGUGACUCGGGAACAUCAAAGUCAUCAAAGCCUUUACUGUUUUCUUCUGCUUCUACUCAGAAUCAUAUACCUAUUGAGCCAGAUUACAAAUUUAGUACAUUGCUAAUGAUGCUGAAAGAUAUGCAUGAUAGUAAGACGAAGGAGCAACGGCUGAUGACUGCUCACAAUCUGCCUUCCUACCGCACUCCAGAUCGUGGGGACUGUUCUGGUAGCCCAGUAGGGACAUCUAAAGUUUUGGUGUUAGGAGGAUCCACACACAAUUCUGAAAAACCUGGAGACAGCACUCAGGACCAGGGCUGCCCGAGUCCCAGUGGGGGUGACUCUGCAUUGUCUGGAGAACUGUCUUCCCUGCCCAGCUCCUCGGCUGACAAAAGGGACCUCCCUGCUUGUGGGAAAAGCCGCUCAAACUGCAUUCCAAGGCGCAACUGUGGCCGAGCAAAACCAUCAACCAAAUUGAGAGAAGCCAUUUCAGCCCAGAUGGCAAAACUCCCAGUCAACCCAAAAGCCUUAAAGACAGAGCGAAAGAGAAAGUUGAACCACCGACUUCCAGCUGUGACCCCUGUAGCUAACCGGCUGGGAGACAAAGGCAGCGGAGGCUCAGUGAAUGGCCCAUCCAGGGGCGGGGCUGAAGAUCCUGGUGAAGAAGAGCCUCUUCAACAAAUGGGCCAUUUGAGAAAUGAAGACACCCGUUUUUCUGAGGUACUUUUUGAUAGCAAGGUUAAACAAUGUGACUCUGAUAAAAUUCUUGACAAAGAACCUUCUUUUGAGAAUAGAAAAGGCUCGGUUCUGGGCUCUGGGAUGAACAGUGAGAAUGAUGAAUGUCAUGGUGUUAAUCAAGUGGUGCCUAAAAAGCGGUGGCAGCGGUUAAAUCCAAGGCGCCCUAAGCCUGGAAAGCGCAUCAACAGAUUUAGGGAGAAAGAGAACUCAGAGGGAACGUUUGGAGUCAUGCUUCCUGGUGACCCUGUGCAGAAGGGCCCCGGUGAGUACCUGGAACAGAGAGCUACAACCCUACUCGAGGACUCCACAGCCGAUCCCAAUCAUGGCAGCCACUCGGAUUCAGUCGGGCCUCGGAUGAACGUUUGUGAUAAACCCAGUGUCAGCACGGGCGACGUGGAAAAGGAGACAGGAAUUCCCAGUUUGACACCACAGACCAAGCUCCCCGAGCCAGCUAUUCGGUCAGAGAAGAAACGCCUUAGGAAGCCAAGCAAGUGGCUUCUGGAAUAUACAGAAGAAUAUGAUCAGAUAUUUGCUCCUAAGAAAAAACAAAAGAAGGUACAGGAACAAGUGCAUAAGGUAAGCUCUCGCUGUGAAGACGAAAACCUUCUUGCAGGGUGCCGAUCUAGUGCCCAGAACAAGCAGGUGGAUGAGAAUUCUCUGAUUUCAACUAAGGAAGAGCCUCCUGUUCUUGAAAGAGAGGCUCCGUUUUUGGAAGGACCAUUGGCUCAGUCAGAUCUUGGAGCUGGACAUGCUGAGUUGCCACAGCUGACCUUGUCUGUUCCUGUGGCUCCAGAAAUCUCUCCUCGGCCUGCCCUUGAGUCUGAGGAAUUGCUUGUUAAGACACCAGGAAAUUAUGAAAGUAAGCGUCAAAGAAAACCAACUAAGAAACUUCUAGAAUCCAAUGAUUUAGACCCUGGAUUUAUGCCGAAGAAGGGCGAUCUUGGCCUUUCUAGAAAGUGCUUUGAAGUUGGUCACUUGGAGAAUGGCAUUAUUGUUGACUCUCGUGCCACAUCUCAUUUGAAAGAGUUUGGUGGAGGCACUACCAAGAUAUUUGAUAAGCCAAGAAAACGGAAACGACAGAGGCAUGUUACAGCCAGAGUGCACUAUAAAAAAGUGAAAAAGGAGGACUCCUCAAAAGAGACUCCAAGCGCAGAGGGAGAACUGAUGAUUCACAGGACUGCUGCCAGCCCCAAGGAUAUUCUUGAAGAGGGUGUGGAACACGACCCUGGGAUGUCUGUAUCUAAAAAGUUGCAGGGUGAGCGAGGUGGAGGAGCAGCUCUGAAGGAGAAUGUUUGUCAGAACUGCGAGAAGCUGGGUGAGCUGCUGCUGUGUGAGGCGCAGUGCUGUGGGGCUUUCCACCUGGAGUGCCUUGGCCUGACCGAGAUGCCUCGAGGGAAGUUUAUCUGCAACGAGUGUCGCACAGGAAUCCACACCUGUUUUGUGUGUAAGCAGAGUGGGGAAGAUGUGAAAAGGUGCCUUCUGCCCUUGUGUGGGAAGUUUUACCACGAGGACUGUGUCCAGAAGUACCCAGCAACUGUCACGCAGAACAAGGGCUUCCGGUGCCCCCUCCACACCUGCAUCACCUGCCACGCUGCCAAUCCCGCCAGUGUGUCUGCCUCCAAAGGUCGUCUGAUGCGCUGUGUCCGAUGUCCUGUGGCAUACCAUGCUAAUGACUUCUGUCUUGCUGCUGGGUCAAAAAUCCUUGCAUCUAAUAGCAUCAUCUGCCCUAAUCACUUUACCCCUCGGCGGGGCUGCCGAAAUCAUGAACAUGUUAAUGUCAGUUGGUGCUUUGUGUGCUCAGAAGCUUUGAGUGCAGGGCCAGAGGAGGCCGAUCGCCUGGAACUAGAGUUAAAGAAGGUUGUUAGUAACCAUGUCAUUGCUGAGCCAUCAAAGCCUGGUCCUCUGCCAGAACAGCCCAUGCUUUGA